AGUGAGAGAACUUCCUUAAGUGUGGAUGAUUUUUGGAGGAUGAUCGAUAAAAAACGACAUCAAGACGAAAUCGACCUUGAAGAGUUGGAUUAUACAAAACGUGCGUUGAAAGAUACAAACAACGAAACGCACCAUAUACGUGCUAUAACGACCAAUAAAACGACGAGACUACUAAAACAUGGAUUAGAAGAUCAAGCCGAAAAAUCCAAGGGUUAUAAAAGUAAAGAUCAGGAAGAGGUCAACUCCGGUGAAAAUGAAGUGACAUACAACAAGCAAGAUGUUAUAACUAAUGAUUCGGAUAAUGAUUUGCGAGAAGUGACAGAAUCAAUGGUUGGAAAAGUGGAAAGAACUCCAUUGAUAGUAGACGACAUUGACCUGGAGGAAAUUUUCAUAAAUUACCGUGACGAAUGUGAAAAUAUCUUUGAUUUAUGUCAUAGCGACAUCAUGGAUAUGAGACCUACCUCACGCUUCACGAAUGAAAUUACAGAGGAAUCUUGGGAUAAAUGUGUGCUAGAGACAUACCCCAAACAUAAAAUACCUGAGGAAUGGGAAAAAUUUAUACAAGAAUUUUUCAAGCCAAAAGACAACCUAGAAGAAUGGAAAAAGGCCUGGCGCGGACUUUAUAAUGGCAAAGAAAUCGACGAAAACAAAAAAGACCUAGUAGAUGCCAUCUACAAUAUUCUUGGAACAUUUAUUGAAGCUUUUGAAGCACCGGUUAACAUUUUAAAAUCAGGCGACCUUGAAGAGAAUCAGUACAACGCACAAUUUGUAAGUCCGGUGUUAAAAAAUGCACUCAAGACUAUAUGUAGUGUUGAUUGGAGAAUUCUUGAAGUGCCGGUUGAAAGUAGUAAGUCUCGCCGUAACGCCGAUAUAAAUCCAUUUAUUGACAAAGUAUUGGCCUCGAAGCGUGCAGACGGACUUGCUCGUCUCUGGGAAAAUCAUGAAGAAAUAUUUGUAUAUGAGCAAACGGGGCCUCCGAACUUCGAUGAUGUUACAGAAUUUCACAUCCAUGACUAUAAGUUGGUUAGAACCAUGCGAGACGUGCUAAACCAACGAAUAAUCUUUCGCCUUAAAGGUGGAAUGUACGAUCACAAAGAACUGGCAAGUUUUGGUGCUUUGGGCCAUCGCACUGAAGUAUCUUUGUUUUGGUGUACAAUACACCAAAGGGCAUAUUGUCUUCGUGAAUAUGGAAGUUAUAAGAUUCCUGCAAUUUGGCAGGAUCUCCCUGUUCUGUCCGAGGCAAUUACAACAUGUUUUAAAUUUUUUCUCUUCAUGAAAGAAAAUGUUGAAAAGAAGAAAUUACACAUUGAGCAAAAAAAUAAGUUGCUGGUCAAGCGAAAGAUUCAUAUGAAUUUUGGCCAUGUUUCCGCAUCUACUCUAACUUCAACAGAGGCUGGAUAUGAGCAGAUGAGCAUGUAG